AUGGCGGAGGAGAGCGGCGCCUGCAGCUCUGUGCUCAAGAAGCGGGUCCGAGCCGCGGGCAGGGGCCGGCAAAAACGGCCCGGCAGCGACCAGGAAUGGGAGAGCAGCGGGGAGGAGGGCAGCACCGAGGUGCGGAACGAGCGGCGGCGGGACACCGCCAACCCCAUGAUCCGCAAGAGGGAGAGGCCGGAGUACGCGCCGAGCAGCAGCGAGGAUCCUGCCAAGGAGAUGGGAGUCACCUACAAAGCGACCAGGUCAGCGAAACCUGUUGGCCCAGGAGACAUGGGAGCCACAGCAGUGUAUGAACUGGACACGGAGAAGGAUGCUCAAGCCAUCUUCGAGCGCAGCCAGAAAAUCCAAGAGGAGCUGAGAGAAAAGGAAGAUGAUAAAAUUUACCGUGGCAUUAACAACUACCAGAAGUACGUGAAGCCCAAGGACACAUCGAUGGGCAACGCCUCUUCAGGAAUGGUCAGGAAAGGCCCCAUCCGUGCCCCGGAGCACCUGCGGGCCACGGUGCGCUGGGACUACCAGCCCAACAUCUGCAAGGACUACAAAGAGACCGGGUUCUGCGGCUUCGGGGACAGCUGCAAAUUCCUGCACGACCGCUCGGACUACAAACACGGCUGGCAGAUGGAACAGGAGCUGGACAAAGGCUGCUACGCCUUCAACGACGAUGAAAACUACGAGGUGAGCAGCGAUGAGGAGGACGUGCCUUUCAAAUGCUUCAUCUGCAGAGGUUCCUUUAGGAACCCCGUGGUCACCAAGUGUCGGCACUACUUCUGUGAGAGCUGUGCCCUCCGGCGCUAUCGCAAAUCCCAGCGCUGCUGCGUCUGUGACAAGCAAACCAACGGGGUAUUCAACCCCGCCAAAGAGCUCACGGCGAAAUUGGAAAAACACAAAGGAGAGGAAGAAGAGGAGCAGCAGCCAGACCGCGGAGAGGAUCCACAGUAG